AUGGACGACAAGGCCAACGACAUUAAGACGGAGGAGGUAUCAUCUCCUGAUGGGGAGGGCAACGCUCAUCAUGCACCUUCUGAGUACAUCAACGGGAAGCCAUACUGGCGUACCAAGCGAUUCCAGGGUUCCUUUUGGGCCAUCGGGUUUGGCUGUCUUGCCUGCUACGCAGGCUUUGCCAUGCCCGCGAACACAUUGGCUCUCAUUAACGAUGACAUUGGUCCAAGCGCCUCUAUUAGCUGGGUCUCACUCACAUGGACACUGACCGUUGCCGUGGGUUAUACACUCGUCGGACGGCUGAGCGAUAUUUUCGGCCGGAGAUACUUCUUCAUCGGCGGCGCCACCCUUGCGUUGAUUGGGAGCAUUGUCGCUGCAACAGCGCGUACUGUCAAUGUGUUAAUCGGCGCAACAGUACUUAUCGGGCUCGCCGCUGCUUCUCAGAUCUCCUUCAACUAUGUGAUUGGCGAGCUUGUACCAGUCAAGCAUCGCUUCAUAUUUAUGGCUUUGAUUAACGCGGUCAAUAUUCCCAUCGGCGCUUUUGGCCCGGUCAUUGCCCGGUCUUUCAUCCUGCAUACUUCGGCAGGGUGGCGCUGGAACUACUACCUAACUAUUAUCUUAAGAGGAAACCUACUCUUCUUGAUGGGUCUAUCCUGGGGAGGCGGACAAUAUCCCUGGAAGUCAGGACAUGUCAUUGGAUGCAUCGUUACUGGCGUCGUCAGUCUAGUGGCCUUCGUCCUAUAUGAAAUCUACUCUGGUGUUCACCGCCCUUUGGUGCCAAUGGACAUCUUCAAGAAUUUCCAAUACGACGCUAUCGUGGUGUUAACUACGGUGGGCGGCAUGAUCUAUUACUCCAUGACCGUUAUUUAUCCUACAACACUCACUGUUCUGUACUCCACCGACACGAUGAAAGUUGGCUGGUUGUCCUGCGCCGUAGGUGGCGGUGUACAAGCGGGACAAGUGAUCGGUGGCCUCAUUGCCAUGCGUAUUGGCCACAUCAACUGGCAAAUGGUAUUCGCAUCAAUAGUUAUGGCGGUCUUCAUCGGUGGUUUAGCUGCCCAGACAAAGGAUACUCUGGCCUUAUCCACUGCCUUUGCAACCCUGGGCUCCUUCGGUGUGGGAUAUAUUGAAAACCUUGCAGCCACAGCAGCUACUUUUGUGAUCAAGGACCAAAAGCAAAUGGGAACGAGUAACGGCAUCUUUGGAAGUAUUCGAAGUGCCGGGGGAGUUCUUGCCACGACCAUCUACCUUGUUAUCCUCACCAACCGCAUGAACACCAACACCAAGAAUAUGAUUAUUCCUACCGUUGUCGAAGCUGGCCUUCCGGAUUCAUCCAUUACGGCAUUCUUGACGGCCUUGAACAGUGGUGUUGCCUCUGCACUACAAGCCGUUCCUGGCGUUACUGAAAAAAUCAUUCUGGCGGGUGAGACAGCGUAUUUGGCCGCCUAUACCGAUGCGUUCCAGAAAGUUUUUCUGGCCAGCAUUGCAUUCGGCGGCCUCUCAAUCAUUGCUGCACUCGCGGUUAGGCCAUUCACCAAGGAAGAACUCUCCGGGAGCCUUGUCUUCCAUCUGGGUGCGUCCAAGCCGCAGCACGCAAGAGAUGGAGCUGUGGAAGAUCAGAACGAGGUGGACGCCCCUCUCGAUUAG